GAAAGAGAACGCGGCGCGAACUGGGUUUAUUUAUUUUGUGCACAGUACAGUACAGUACGUGCACACUUAUCCGAUCCCUUCCGCAGGCCUGCUUGGCAUACCAAACAGCCAAGCUGCCAGAAACAUCGGUAAUCGCUUAAGAUUCCCACACGUCCGAACGGCCUGCCUCCCAACAACCGUGCGCUUCAGAGGUCCUGCGAAGGCAUAGCAGUCCUCGUAUCGAUUCCCUCUCACUUUCUGUCCGGGACUUCGACCUUGGAUCCUUGCGAACGGCCCCUCGACACCGCAUACUGGCACAGCAGACAGGCCCAUUCUCCUACGGUCCUCAAUUCAAGUUGUAACUAAUCGUCCGACGCUGAUCAACCAUGCCGUACGACUCGAGAAGUACCGACCUGGCGGUCACAUGGACUACCUUAGAGGCUGGAAUAGAUUCGAUCAUGAACAAUCUCAGCGAUGGACUCUCAUACAAGAAGUGGAUGGAUUUGUACACCAUGAUCUACGAUCACUGUACAAGUAGUCGGAUGAGCAGUACGUCCGGAGCUGAGGCCCCGUUACAUGGUUCUACAGCAAAUCGAGGCGCUAAUCUCAUGGGAGCAGAGCUUUACAAUCACUUGAAGACCUAUCUUCAAAACCACCUCGAUCAGUUACGGAAAAACACCGAGCAACAAAUGGACGAGGACCUGCUUGCCUGCUAUACCCGAGAAUGGAAAAGAUAUACCACCGCGACCACCUACGUACAUCACAUCUUCGCAUAUCUGAACAGGCAUUGGGUGAAGAGGGAGCUCGAUGAGGGACGGAAGACCGUGUACGAUGUCUACACGUUGACCCUGGUGAACUGGCGGGAUUCAUUCUUCGGUGUUGGGACCUCGACCUUGCAAAUGAAAGUCAUGGAUGGCGUUCUGAAGUUGAUUGAGAAACAAAGAAACGGAGAGACCAUAGACACCAACCUUAUCAAUGGGGUGGUCGAAAGCUUUGUCUCACUCGGUUGGGAUGAGAACGACCCAACAAAAUCCACGCUGGAAAUCUACAAGCAGUUCUUCGAAAUCCCGUUCAUUGCUAAGACUGAGAGUUACUACAAGAUGGAGAGUGAACGCUUCAUCAGUGAGAACUCUAUCGUUGAUUACAUGAAAAAGGCUGAAGCCCGACUGGCGGAGGAAGAAAACCGGGUGCAAAUGUACUUGCAUUCAUCAUCUCAAAAGCCGUUGAUCACAUGUUGUGAAAGCGUGUUGAUCGAAAGCCACACUGGGCCGAUACAAGAGGAGUUCCAGAAUCUGUUGGAACAGGACAAGAUUGAAGAUCUUAGCCGAAUGUACGGCCUUUUAUCACGCGUACCAGAGAGUCUGGAAAAAUUACGGCACACAUUCGAAGUCCAUGUGCGGAAGCAGGGUCUGAGUGCAGUUGAGAAGGUUGCAGAGUCAGCGUCUGCGCCACCAGAAGGGGAAGACGAUGAAGAAGAGGACAAAGACUCAAAAGCAAAGGCAGCGCAAGGGCCUAAGAAGCCAGGAGAUGUGGAUUCAAAGGUCUAUGUCGAUGCCCUGCUUGACGUGCACAGGAAAUACUCCUCCCUGGUGGAGACUGCUUUCAAGGGAGAAACCGGAUUUGGUGCAUCGCUCGACAGGGCAUGCCGAGAAUUUGUCAAUCGCAAUGUUGUUUGCGAGAAGAGCUCAAGCAAAAGCCCGGAGCUUCUUGCGAAGCAUUGCGACUCUUUGCUGAAAAAAGGCAGUAAGAUCACGGAUGAGCUGGAGAUUGAGGAGGUGCUCAACAGCGUGAUGACGUUGUUCAAAUAUGUCGAGGACAAGGAUGUGUUUCAAAAGUUCUAUCAGAAACAACUUGCUCGUCGUCUGGUCAACCAGCUUUCAGCCAAUGGAGAUACGGAAGAGUCCAUGAUCAACAAGCUGAAAGACGCCUGCGGUUUCGAAUUCACAAGCAAACUGCAGCGGAUGUUCCAAGAUGUGGCGCUGAGUAAGGACUUGAACGACCAGUUCAAGGAACAAAUGGCGCGGAGUCACGAGAAAGGCGAUUUGCCUGAUUUCCAGAUCCUGGUUGGAGGAACCGGGCAAUGGCCUCUGAACGCGACCACAACCAAAUUCAACAUCCCCGAUGAUCUUUUGAAAACCUACGAACGCUUCCAGAAGUUCUACCAACAUAAGUUCUCUGGGAGAAAACUCAACUGGCUCUUCCACCUUGGGCGAGCUGAACUGAAAGCGAACUUCGUCAAGCAAAAUAAUAAAACCCCAUAUACCUUCUUAACAUCCACAUUCCAAAUGGGCGUCCUUUUGCAAUUCAACACCUCGACAUCGUACACCUUCUCGGAGCUCGAGACAAACACAAGUCUGGAUGAGCAAACCCUGAAGUCCGCUCUAUACGGCCUGAUCAAGAGCAAGCUGCUUAACGUGGAAGCCGGCAAGAAGAACUUCGACCCCAACACCCGCUAUGAGCUGAACACAUCGUUCAAAAACAAGAAAACACGUGUGAAGGUCGAUAUCCCCAUGCGUGCCGAGCAGAAGGCCGAGUCCGAUGAGACGCAUAAGGGCAUCGAGGAUGACCGUAGUAUGGUAAUACAGGCCGCGAUUGUCCGAAUCAUGAAAACCCGGAAAGUGAUGCAAAACCAGCUCCUCAUCACCGAGACCAUCGACCAGCUCAAAGCCCGUUUCCGACCCACCGUGCCAGCAAUCAAGAAAUGUAUCGACAUGCUACUGGAAAAGGAGUACAUCGAGCGGAUGGAGGAGCAACGGGACGUAUUCCAGUACAUGGCAUGAGACGUAGUUAUGCUCCCGCGUUUUCCCGAAGAUCCCCCCUGUAUCUGUUUCUUUUGUAGUUGCAAUCUAUCCUUUCCUCUCUUACCACCUAGUUUUUUUUUGCAUAGACGGCUAAUCAGUCAGAUUGACCUCCUUCUCGAUGCACAAUCCCCUCCCGCCAGGUUUCGUGACAGG